AGCUAACGCGGAAUAUAUAUCAUUUCUACAAUUCCCGCUACCAUCAUAGCCCAAAUGAACCAACAAAAAAACCAAAUACAUAUAAGGACAUAAAUAAACGAAACAGGUAAAAGAAAUUUGAGGUAGAACUUAUAUUUAAGACAGGAAAAUUUAAUUAUAAAGAACGAUUUUGCGAUUGUGAUUCAUGCAAAGGAAAAGGGGAAGAUAUGAAAUAAUUUUUAAGAUAAUUUCAAAAUGGCGUCGGAUAUGUACCGUAUACCUAGCGUGCAAGACGUAGAAAAAAGUGUUUUAGAGCUUAAUAAUCAGGUGAGGUUACAGAGUGCCUUCCUGAGUGGUCAGAUAGACAAGAUUGAUGGGGAGGGACAAUGGGAUGGUGAGGACACAGUACUGGAUAAAACCCAGGCUGAAAAGAUUCUGGUGCGAACCUCCAGUUUGAAAGCUGAGCUAGAAAACUUUAAACUGAACUUGGAGAAGUACCAAGAGGCCGUGAAACGGAGCAGUAGCAGUGGUGAACUAAAAGCAGCUGAACACGAUGAACCAAGCGAGGCACAGCUUAGAGAUAAAGCUGAAAAAAUGGCAGACAGUGAAACUAUAGUGACGCAACCGGAGUCGAGUUCAGAAGGAGUGGAUUUUCACCUCUCUUCUUUUAAUACAGACGGAGGAAGUCUUGAAAAUGAAAACAACAACGUAGCACCCAGAAACGGAACAAAUAAAUCGUAGCGCCCUGAAAUUCCUACAAAUGGACACCGACACACGAGGACUUCUUGGAGAAUUUAGAAUAAAAGCCUUCAGAGAAAUGCAUGAUAUAUGUUAACAGUAAUGACAAAUGCUGCAAUAUGGAAUUGGGGUUUCUUGUUUUGAAUCUAAGCAAUGUCAAUGUUAAUUUCUUGGGCAGUCCUUAUAACUUCUUCCCAAUAAAAAAAAAACUUUGUUGAUUUAAAAAUUGUGUUUAGUUUUCAUGGAUAUCAAUAAACUUGUUUAAGAAGCUAACAAAACAAUUGCCAAUUACAUGUAGUUAAUAAUAGUAUCUUACAUUUGCUUUUUGAAUUUUCUUAUUUUCUGAUUUUUUUUUUUAAUUACAUAAUAUAUCUUGUGCAUCUUUACUGGUUAUUUUAUAAUUGAAGAUACCUUAAU